CUCCUUAAAUCCCCUGACCUCAAGAUCGGAUGCGGCCAUUUCGACUCCACCGGCGAAACCCCAGCGACCACGCACCGGCACCGGCGGCUGAUCACACCCGAGGAUGAAUGAGACUGCGCUCUCCUUCGCCAAGGACUUCUUGGCCGGCGGCAUUGCCGCUGCCAUCUCCAAAACAGCUGUAGCCCCCAUCGAGAGAGUCAAGCUUCUCCUGCAGGUUCAACAUGCCAGCAAACAGAUUGCAGUCGACCAGCAGUACAAGGGCAUCAUCGACUGUGUCGUCCGCAUCCCCAAGGAGCAGGGCUUCCUCUCGUUUUGGAGGGGGAACCUGGCCAACGUCAUCCGAUACUUCCCCACCCAGGCCCUCAACUUUGCCUUCAAGGACAAGUACAAGAAGAUCUUCCUGGAUGGCGUGGACAGGCACAAGCAAUUCUGGAGGUACUUUGCGGGCAACCUGGCGUCCGGCGGUGCUGCCGGAGCCACGUCCCUCUGUUUCGUCUACCCCCUCGACUUCGCCAGAACGCGUUUGGCCGCCGACGUCGGCAAAGCGGGACAGGGGCGCGAGUUCAAGGGCCUGGGUGACUGCUUGGUGAAGAUCACCAAGUCUGAUGGCAUCAAGGGUCUGUACCAGGGCUUCAACGUUUCAGUGCAGGGCAUUAUCAUCUACAGAGCGGCUUACUUUGGAGUCUACGACACAGCAAAGGGCAUGCUCCCAGACCCCAAGAACACACACAUUGUUGUCAGCUGGAUGAUCGCUCAGUCCGUGACUGCGGUCGCUGGUCUCGUGUCUUACCCCUUCGACACUGUUCGUCGUCGUAUGAUGAUGCAGUCCGGACGCAAAGGAGCCGACAUCAUGUACUCCGGUACCAUCGACUGCUGGAAGAAGAUUGCGCGUGACGAGGGCGGCAAGGCCUUCUUCAAGGGGGCGUUGUCUAAUGUGCUCAGAGGCAUGGGUGGCGCCUUUGUGCUCGUCUUAUAUGAUGAGCUUAAGAAAGUCAUGUAAAGUUGUUUUUGUAUAUCCACUGCUCAUGUUGUGAAGUUUAACUGUAACAUAUGUACAUUUGGAAGGACUUAAAAUGCAGGGCUAUAUUUAUAGGGACCAACUAGUACUUUCUACUAGUUGUACUGGGGGAAUCUGUCAUGCACUCUUUUCUUAGCCCAUGCUGUUCCAUUUCGUUUUUGCCCCUCACCAGAAUGUCAUUCCCUGAACACAGGAACCUUGAGGAAAAACAGAAAUAAAGGCAACCCACUGCGUGAA